CAUCGCGAGGGGUGCGGAGAGUACGCUAUUUAAGGUUAGAUGCAUUGCGCCGGCGCACAGUCUCUAAGAAACCUAGCUAUGUGGAGGACGGUCGUUGUACUCACAUUUGCGGUAAUUUGCGCCGCCCUUCCCGCACAAGAAAGCGGCCAUACCGACAAUGAUUUAGACGGAAUUUCUGAUUGCCUCCGAAAGGACUCCACGUCAUGCCUCAAGUAUAAAUUCUUCUCGUUCGUCGACAAAAUGAUUGGACAAAAGGAAACCUUCGCUUUAACGGAUGGGGUCACUGUGGUUCGAGCGGCAGAUGCACCCCCUACCACGGGCGCGCCCAGAGCCUUAGAUCCGGCUUCGAGACUGAAGAAUUACUUCGAGACACAUUCAUUGCGCAUUGAAGUCAAAGGAUCGGAUGUCAUUGACACGGUUUCCAGCGUGGGAAGAGCGUUGGAAGACACAGUCACGUCGUUUGCGGAUGACAAUGAUCUGUCGGAAGAAUCGAGAGGGAAGAAAAAGAAAGCGGCGAAGAUUCUCGGCCCCAUAAUUGCGGCCGUCAUGUUGAAGAUGAUGGCGUUGCUGCCAUUAGCCAUCGGCGCUAUCGCUUUGAUAGCUGGGAAAGCGUUGUUGAUUGGAAAGUUGGCGCUGGUACUAUCUGCUAUAAUUGGCUUGAAGAAGCUCCUGUCUCAGCAGAAGCAUGUGACGUACGAAGUGGUCGCGCAUCCUCACCAUUCGUCGAGUCACACGUCGAGUCACGAUUACGGUGGUGCAAGUGGGUAUGGAGGUGACACGGCUGGCUACAGCAGCGGUGCAAGUCACGGUAGUGGAUGGGGGCGGGCGCUUGACGCUCAGAACUUGGCGUACGCCUCGCAAAAGCCGUAGCCUACUAAACCGACCUAUUUCCGCGACGAUUUCUCCACUGCCUGUGUACGAGUGUGCCGUGUGAUUGUAUUUAUGACUGAAUGAAGUAAACCUUAUAGGUAUUGAGUAGCUAUUUAUUAUAGAAUCGUAUGUAUUUAAUGUGUGCUAUAGAUAGUUGAUGCAUAUGUCGUGUGUACCUGGCUUUAAUUAUUAUUUAAGUUAUUAUACUUUUGCCUGUUUAUGGUUUUGAAGUCGAACUCCUCACGGGUUGUUUUUAUUUAUAUCGUGAUAAAUAUUAUAUGAUAUUUUAUGUUAUUUCAGUAUUUGUAUAGUAUUAUUCUAUUUAUUAUAAGGACUGUUGAACUCGCCUAUGUAUGUCUACUUAACUAUGUAUGUUAAUAUUUAAGUACAUGUUGUUUUAAAAAGUAAA